GUAGGUGGCGCUCAAAUUCUAUCUAUUGAUGACCACUGUUUUAAAAUGCAUACAAUUAUGUAUAAUGGUACUGUUUUGCAUGAAAUUAUGCAUACACUAGGAUUUUGGCACGAACAUACCCGUCCAGAUAGAGAUCAAUAUAUAAAAGUAAACUACGACAAUGUCAUGCAAGGUCACUAUUAUGACUACAACAAGAUGGACCCAACUGAAACUGGUCAGAAUGACAAGAAGUAUGAUUAUUAUUCAAUAAUGCAUUAUUCUACAAGAACUUUCGCAAAGGACAGACAAAAACCCACAUUUGAACCAACACAACAUGUAAAAAUGCCUGAUAUUGGGCAAAGAAAAUACCUCUCUGAUAUAGAUAUCAAAGGCAUUCGCCAGUUAUACCAAUGUGGCACUCCGAAAGUAUGUGGCAAGCCAGUCUUACACAUCUAUAGUAACCCAGUAGUAAAAAUCGGAAAUUUCCCUUUAACGGGUUCAAAAGUACGAUACUCCUGCAAGUAUCAUUACACACUGGUAGGACCAUUAGAAAGAUUCUGUAGGAAUGAUGCAAAAUGGUCAGGUGAUGAUCCAUACUGCUUGGGAUCCAGUGCCGUAACAAGAUAUUGUAAUUUUGAUGAAAGUAAUUGCAAGUGGGGUCCAGACACAGUAAAUAAUGGAUACGGAGAAUGGAUACGACACACAGGAUCAACAGAUACAGAUCAAACAGGGCCCGUCUUUGACCAUACACGGGAAACAUCAGACGGUUACUAUAUGUAUGUUGAAAGUUCUAAGAGCAGAGGGAAAAAAUUCAGAAUGAGACUUUUUGAUGUUCCGGUUGGAGUCUGUAUGUCAUUUUAUAUACAUAAAUAUGGUAAAGGCAUAGUGCCAGGUUCACUUAGGGUUUUUGCUGCACAAAAUAGAGGUACACGGGAGAAAAAGGUAUGGCAAGAUGAUGGGAUAAAUUCAACAAAAUGGACUCGACAACUAAUUUUAACAGGAAUAAUUGGGCCAUACGGAAUAAGAGCAAAGAUGGAUAUAAUAUUUGAAGCUGAAGUGGGAACAAGUACAUAUUACUGGGAUAGUGACAUUGCUAUUGACGACAUUGUCAUUGCAACAUGUGGUCAGAUAAAAGAUUAUGACGGUUGGUUAAAUAGACAAUCAAAAACCACGAAUACUGUUGCAAGGUUCGCAUGAUUAGUGGUGGAGCUGUUAAAUCGGUACAGAGCUUUAU